UUCCAUUGGAUCUCCCCAAAUUCUCAAUGGAUGCGAUAUGAGACCUGACGAGGUGGUUAUAUUUUACACCGAAAAAAUAACUUUCAAGAAAUAACAAAAAACACAAAAAUCGACUCACUCUAUUUUUCGUUCUAAAGUUGUCAGGUCCAAGAUGCCCGAGUUUUGGUUCGUCCGCGACCGAUUCAUGGCCAUCUGGAAUGAGGACCAAAUUCAAGGAGAAAGAGCUUGUCACAAUCAAAGUUAAAACUCCUAAGGGAAAAAUUGAAGAGGAGGUUAAAAAAAUUCCAAAAGAGGAAGCAAUUUGCAAAUUCUGCUUCCACAUAUACACAGACGAUAUGCUGGAGACCAAAUGCAAAUGUAAAUUUUCCAUGAUUCAUCAACCGUGUGCAGUUGAAUGGUUUCAGAAAAAAGGAAACAACAAAUGUGAUGUUUGUGAAGAAAACAUCCAAAAUAUAUCGAUAGUUGUAUCGUGGGAUCACAUGGCUUCGGCUCGAACUACUAAUAACAAAGAGCAGUACAACGGAUAUUCUACUUCCGGAAGGUUUUGGAGGAAGAACUGUUGUUUUAACAUAUAAUAAGGAGAGAAAUCGCGGGACACGGGUUUUCAGGUUCGCAUGUUUGCGUCCGAUUAGCUUAUUCUUUGUUAAUGUUUUCUCCCGUUUUGUAUCUGUCUAUCGAAAGUAAAUCAAUCUUACUUGUGGUAGUAUUUGUACUGAAAAAUAACAAAUUUGUUCGCUACUGGAAUGUAAGAAACUAAUGUCUUCUUCGGUAGGGAAAAUAUAUAUAUUGAAUCUUGUUUGAUAUUUGUUUUA